GCUUAGCAGCCAGUCUUGAGAGCACCCUUCAUUUUCUUGCUUAAAAACAUCAAGAGAGUAGUGUCUCAUGCAAACAAAUGAGCCCAGGCUUCCUGAAAGUUCCCAUGCACUACAGUUAUGGCCCAAAACUCUCGAGACAUCUGGAAACCCUAAGACAGAAGACCUGCCUGACAAGACCAAAGACAAUGAAUUCACACAACACAGCAACCAUCCAGUCUUUUGGAACUUCCAUCAAGGGAAGGUGGAUGAUUACUCCUUUGGGACACGUCAGAAGAGGAAACUCUUUCCUCACUACCACCCACCAACCUGGUUGGGGAACACGUUUCUCCCUGUCAGGGGAUCGCCCCACACAGGCCCGGGGUGUUACACGGCAGCAGAUUGGAAUGGUUUAGCAUACAGCCUGUCUCAUGUCCCGACCAGUACAAAAGGAUAUGCUAUUGGAGCCAGGACAGCGGUGAGGUUCAAGCCAGUCAGCAAGGAUGUGACACCAUAUCCAGGAAUGUACCAGAAAGUUUGUACUUGGAAUGAAAAAUCCAAACAAAGCUUUGCACCAUUUAAUGCCUUGAUGCCUCGAUUUAGGAGUGAAGCUCAGGGCAAUUCUUAUCCUGGCCCUGGUACAUACAAUCCAGAGAAGAAGUCACCCCCAAAAGUUGUUUGGCCAAUGAAAUUUGGAUCUCCAGACUGGUGUCAGAUUCCAUGUCUAGAGAAAAGAACUCUAAAAGCUGAGCUCUCCACAGACAAGGACUUUAGAAAGCAUCGGAACCGUGUGGCCUACUUUAGCCUGUAUUACAAAUGAGAAGUGGGCAGUGUCUUCACGUGAUUUCCUGACCACAGAAUCUCCAGACCUGAGGACAGAACUGCUCCUGUGCUUCUGUGUUCCUGGGGCCUCUUGUUGGCCAAUUCGGCAUCCAGGGAGGGGCAAGGGUCUCACAGUCACCCUAUGAAAACAUAAAGACUGUUCUAGAAUGUU